GGGUUCUACGCUCGACGCCCAAUUUCAGGCGUAUAGGUGCACCCCAAAACAGGCAGACCCCAACACCAUCGCCUAGCCUACACAUGAAUGAAAGCUCCCAAUGCUGAACAUGUCCUCUCCCACUGACCUCAAGUCUCCUUGCGUAACGCGGAACGGCAUGGUCAAGCUGCCCCCCCAGCCCAAUGGCCUAGGCUCUGCCAGUAUCACCAAAGGGACUCCCGCUGCCAAGAACCGCCUGUGCCAGUCCUCCUCGGUACCCACCAUCCUGCCUCCACCCAGCCUGCCCUACCACCUGGAGCCCCUGCCCACGGCGGCCUCGCUGCUGGGGCCAGACCUGGACACUAGCCCCCUGACGGCCAUGAAGCCGCCGCUGCGGCAGUUCCCCCUGAAGCCCCUGAUGGAGCGGCAAUUGGUGCUGGACGAGAAGGUGCUCAACCGGUUGCUGUGGUACUUCACCACGACCGAGAAGUGCAUCCUGGCCCAGGUGUGCAAGACGUGGCGGAAAGUGCUCUACCAGCCCAAGUUCUGGGAGGGCGUGACGCCCAUCCUGCACGCCAAGGAACUGUACACGCUCCUGCCCAGCGGGGAGAAGGAGUUUGUCAGUUUGCAGGCGUUUGCGCUGCGGGGCUUCCAGUCCUUUUGUUUGGUGGGAGUCUCCGACUUGGACAUUUGCGAGUUCAUCGACAACUAUCCCCUGUCGAAGAAAGGCGUUAAGUCUGUCAGCCUGAAGAGGUCAACCAUCACGGAUGCAGGGCUCGAGGUGAUGCUGGAACAGAUGCAGGGCCUGAUGCACCUGGAGCUGUCGGGCUGUAAUGACUUCACCGAGGCGGGCCUGUGGUCGAGCCUGAACGCACGGCUCACCUCGCUCAGCGUCAGCGACUGCAUCAAUGUGGCAGACGACGCCAUCGCCGCCAUCUCCCAGCUGCUGCCCAACCUGUCCGAGUUGAGCCUGCAGGCCUACCACGUCACGGACACGGCCAUGGCCUACUUCACCGCCAAGCAGGGCUAUACCACCCACACGCUGCGACUGCACUCCUGCUGGGAGAUCACCAACCACGGCGUAGUCAACAUGGUGCACAGCCUGCCAAAUCUGACCGCACUGAGCCUGUCCGGCUGCUCCAAGAUCACGGACGACGGCGUGGAGCUGGUGGCGGAGAACCUGCGCAAGCUGCGCAGCUUGGACCUGAGCUGGUGUCCGCGCAUCACCGACAUGGCGCUCGAGUACAUCGCCUGCGACCUGCACAAGCUGGAGGAGCUCGUGCUCGACCGGUGUGUGCGGAUCACUGACACUGGAUUAGGCUACCUGUCCACCAUGUCUUCUCUGCGGAGUCUCUACCUGCGUUGGUGCUGUCAGGUUCAGGACUUUGGCUUACAGCAUCUCUUCGGUAUGAGAAGCCUGAGGCUGCUCUCCCUAGCCGGCUGCCCCCUGCUGACCACCAACGGCCUCUCAGGCCUGAUCCAGCUGCAGGACCUGGAGGAGCUGGAGCUGACCAACUGUCCGGGGGCCACGGCCGAGCUCUUCAAGUACUACUCCCAGCACCUGCCCCGCUGCAUGGUCAUCGAGUAGCCACCGGGGGGCAGCGGAGAGCGCCGGUAGAGGCAGCACACCACCACAUCACCAAACUCCUUCUCUCCUUCAGUUUGAAAGAAAAUUUAAAAAAACGACAAGACGACUUAAACUGAACUUCAUCCAGGACCCUAGGGGGCAGUGAACAACAUAAAAAAAAGGGAAUGCGAAAAAUAAGCAAGGGUCUUGCGUUGACGGAUGGAAGCGUGCGCAGAGAAAUGACGAGACGGCGACAGAGACGAGACGAGACGAGACAAGGAGCGGGGAAAAAGCAAUGGCCUCAACAGACAUGCGCAAAAGGGAUGAUAUGUGUGUGUAUAGAACAUGUGACAAUUCGUUCCUGAGUCUAGAUUUUCAUUUUCGACCACUGGAUAGACACAACAGGCGUUACGUGCUCACACAGGCAUUGUACACUCAAAAACACAUUAACGUCAGCUGAAAUAACACGAAACGCCAACAACAAUAACACACACAUGUGAACUCCAUGGAACUCUUGAGUCCUAACUUUGGUGUUCCACCAUCCGGUGUU